AGAAUUAAUUAGCGUGGAGGACCCAGAAAGUGACACUCAGCUCACCUCCUACUCAUCAGAUCCAGCGUCCAGCUUUAGAGAAGAAAAGCUUUUCAGUAACAUUGAAGCUGCAUUUGAACGUUCAUAUGGUUGUUCUACUAGCUUGUAGUCUCCAAAGCCGGAAAGUUUGGAAGUGAAGAGCUAAAUUAGCUUUGCUAUAGAGUUCUUUAGUCUGGAUGGUGGGGAAGGAUUUAAUCUAUGUUGGGUUGCAUUAGUCUUGUAGUACAACGCUAGUUAUUAUUCUUUUUUUUUUCCUGGGAAAUUUCUGUGUUUGGGUCAUUAGGAUUCUGGGAUGAGAAUGGACGAAAUUCAGUCACAAUCUGAUCACUACAGGUCUUCCUCUUCGUCUGCUAGUAGUCCUACAAGUAGGGUGCCCUCAAGCAACUUUUUCUACUUGCGGAAACCUGGAUCUAUAAGACAACCCAUUUCAUUUGAGGAUUCGCCUGAGUGGGAUGACACAGAAGUUGAUUUAAGAGUGGAAGAAGGAGGUGACUCAAUCAACGCUGCAACGACGGCAUCCCCCUUUCUCUCAAAGCUUAAUAGUGGUUCACUGCCAUCCCCCCCACUGCCUGAUGGAUCAGUUGUUGCAAGAAAGAUUGCGGGAGCUUCAGUUGUUUGGAAGGACUUGACAGUCACAAUCAAGGGAAAGAGGAAAUAUUCUGAUAAGGUCGUGAAGAGCUCAAGUGGUUAUGCUUUGCCAGGAACACUUACAGUGAUCAUGGGGCCAGCCAAAUCUGGGAAGUCCACAAUGCUAGGGGCAAUUGCAGGUAGAUUGCAUGAGCCAGCUAAAGUAUAUGGUGAAGUGUUUGUAAAUGGGGCAAAAUCCUGCUUGCCGUAUGGAUCCUAUGGUUAUGUGGAGAGGGAAACCACACUGAUUGGAUCUCUAACUGUCCGUGAGAUGUUAUACUACUCAGCGCUUCUCCAACUUCCUGGAUGCUUCUCCCAGAAAAAGAGUGUCGUAGAGGAUGCAAUUAUUGCUAUGUCUUUGGGUGAUUAUGCAAAUAAACUGAUUGGUGGCCACUGCUAUAUGAAGGGCCUCCCUAGUGGUGAGAGAAGGCGUGUCAGCAUUGCCAGGGAGCUUGUGAUGAGACCACAGAUCUUAUUUAUAGAUGAACCUCUUUAUCAUCUUGACAGUGUGUCUGCACUUCUGUUGAUGGUAACUUUGAAGAAACUUGCAAGCACGGGCUGCACACUUAUUUUCACUAUGUAUCAAAGCAGCACAGAAGUAUUUGGCCUAUUUGAUCGGAUUUGUCUGCUUUCAAAUGGAAAUACACUGUUUUUUGGAGAAACACUAGCAUGUUUGCAGCACUUCUCAAAUGCUGGAUUUCCUUGCCCAAUAAUGCAAAGCCCCUCUGAUCACUUUCUACGUGCUAUAAAUACAGAUUUUGACAGGAUUAUAGCCAUGUGCAAAAAUUGGCAGGAUGAUCAUGGAGAUUUUUCAUCGGUAAAUAUGGACACAGCAGUUGCAAUACGUACCCUUGAAACAACAUAUAAAUCAAGUGAUGCUGCUGCAGUCGAGUCUAUGAUACUGAGACUUACAGAUAAGGAAGGUCCAAUUCUCAAAAGCAGGGGAAAGGCUAGUAAUGCCACCCGGAUAGCAGUUUUGACAUGGAGAUCAUUAUUAAUUAUGUCAAGGGAAUGGCAAUACUUCUGGCUUCGACUGAUUCUCUGCAUGCUUCUCACACUCUGUGUUGGAAUGAUAUUUUCUAGCCUGGGGCAUUCCUUGUCAUCUGUUGUGGUGAGAGUUGCAGCAAUAUUUGUUUUUGUAUCAUUCACUUCCUUGCUAAGCAUUGCUGGAUUACCUGCUCAUCUAACAGAAAUCAAGAUCUACAUGCAUGAAGAGGCAAACCAGCAUUCAGGAGCAUUUGUUUUCCUAAUUGGGCACCUUCUUUCUAGCAUGCCAUUCCUGUUCCUCAUAUCAGUCUCUUCAAGUCUUGUCUUCUACUUCCUCGUAGGACUACGGGACGAUUUCAGCCUGUUGAUGUAUUUUAUACUGAAUUUCUUCAUGUGUCUAUUAGUAAAUGAGGGACUCAUGCUGCUUGUUGCUUCUAUUUGGCAAGAGCUUUUCCAGAGCAUUUUGACUUUGUUGUUCAUACAUGUGAUAAUGAUGCUUGUAGCAGGAUUCUUCAGAAUCCGUAGUGCUUUGCCUGGACCAAUAUGGACCUAUCCAUUGUCCUACAUUGCUUUCCACACAUACUCUAUCCAGGGGCUUUUGGAGAACGAGUACAUUGGAACUUCCUUUGCAGUUGGGCAAGUAAGGACCAUUUCUGGCGUCCAGGCUCUUCGUAGUGCCUAUGACAUUUCCACUGAUAGUAAUGCUAAAUGGGAAAAUUUGCUCUACUUGUUUGUGAUGGGCAUUGCGUACCGUUUUGUUUUGUUUCUUUUGAUGUAUUUUCGGGCAAGGAAGAACACAUCUGCCUGUAAGUUUUAUGGAUCUGAUAGGAACACAACAAAAGCAAGAUAAAUGCUAUUAUUAUUUGUUACGCCACCUAUUUGGAUGUGCAUCAUGUAAAUUUGUAUGUGAUCUGGUUCUCUAGUGGAAUUUGUUGCUGCAAUAGACGAUCA